AUAUACAUAUAUAAAUGGCCAGAGUAAUGCUAUGAGCAUCAGAGUAGCAACAUAGCUCAGAAGUUCUCAGCUGGAAUAUGUCAUAAUGAAUAUCAAAGGGUUGGUGCUAACCUGUGCAUGCACAGUGUUCCUGUCAGUUGGAGUUCAGAGUGCAGGACCACUGGCUGCAUUCACUGAGCAGAUUCUUCAAGAUGUCACUGCAGCUGACAUAGCCAAGGAACUCAAUGAACUUGCCGAUGGUUUUACGAACCAGUUGAAUACAGACGUGGAGUUAUUCAAGGAGCCAGACGAAACAUUGUGUAAACAUGUCAAGAACAGGCUACAUAAGCUUUCAGUGCAAAGCAAAGUGCAGUACAUGUCCACCAACAACACUGGAUUUAAUGAAAGUGGAACAGAGGUGGUAGAUAGAUUCUUCAAGGACUUGCUUGUAACAGAGUUUUUUGAAGAAGACUCCAAAGCAUUUACUGCUCUCCGCAAUGUAACAAUUGUCCAGAUUUCGUACCAGUGCAACCCGGAGCAUGUUCGAAUAAGAUGUGAAGGGUUUGAUAGCUCAAUUGUCAUAAUACCUAGGUUGUUAGAGCUGCACAAUAUAUCAGCAGUACUAUUCAUGGAAUCGGAACAGCAGCCCGUGUCAAUAUCUCUGGAUGGGAAUUGGAUUAUCGCUGAUAUGGAAAUAUAUAUAGAAUUAUCGUAUCAGCCAGCCACAAAUCGAUUCUCUAUAUUGCUAGGAACAGAGUUAGAGAGUGUUAUUCUAUCUCAGAGCAUUGAGGUCAUUGCAUCUCAACUGACGACUCUAUCUCUUCGUCUGCCCAACAAACUCAGAUCUAGACUACAACGAUUCAAAGUUACCGGUACUGUUGAUGAUCAAUCAAAUGGUAUUUUGAUCCUGUCAGCAUCUUUUGAUUCCCUUAAUCGAGUUUUCCUGAUCUUGAAGAGAGAUAAUAGUUCGCUAGAAACAGCCAUUGCAGUGGACUUUGCCGGUAUUCUGAUUAGUGAUGUCAUUCGCAGUGUGACAGGACAAUAUAUGUCCUCAUUGUCGCCCCUUGGCACUCUCUCUCUACCAGAGGUAGGCUUUAUCCACUCUACAGGUCCUAUUACUUCUGAGCUAGUAUUUGAAUGCUUCAAUAGUAGCAAAACUUUGCAAUGCUAUGGCGAUGCAAUUCCAAAAGGUGCUACAGGAUUCUUCCAACUUUCUGAAGAUUUAUUUGAAAUAGAAUAUCGUAACAGAACAAUCUUUUUUGCUGCCAAGAAAGGCAAUCACGUGACUGUGAGGACUUUGCUGGAAUCAAUAUCAUCAGUUGAUAUCGUAAGUAUUCAGCUUCCGUCUUUGAUAAGUGACAUUUUAGAUGUUAGCAUCAGAUAUGUCAAAUUUGAUCCAGCUGCCUCUCAAAUUUAUAUAUCAGCAGAAUUACAAAGAACAAUAAACUUCUUUAGUGGAAUUAUUUUGAUUGAUACUCCCACCAUUACUUUGAUCGUCAACAAAGGGGAUGUGAGUAUUGAAAUACUCGGCAAUAUCACUCUUGCUGGUACUCAGGUUGAAGUAAAGCUCACUUACUCUGCAGACACAGAUCAGUUCAGCGUUUUCAGUGAAUUUAGCUCUACCUCUCUUAGUAUUGGAAAAAUUCUUGACAAUUUGACAGCUUUAUCCCUCCCUCUGCCUAGUACGUUCAGCUCAUCUCGACAAAGAUUCAAAAUUGCUGGUAAUUUUAAUGAACAAUCUGAUGGUACUGUGCUUAUAUCAGCUUCUAUUGAUUCUCUUAAUCGUGCAUAUCUGAUCUUACAAAGAGACAACAAUACACUAGACACGGCAAUAGCUGUUGACUUCACUAGAAUUGGUUUUAGCGAAAUGAUUCGUAGUGUGACAGGACAAAACGUAUUGUCAACUAUAGUGCCUUCCAUUGAUUCAAUAGUUGUUGCCGAGACAGGUUUGGCCAUUUCAACAGGCUCGAUUUCUUCAGAGUUAGUUCGUGAAUGCUUCAAUAUUAGUCGAACACUACGUUGUUUUGGAACAACAAUUCCCUUUGGUUCUUCUGGAUUCUUUCGUUUUUCAAAGAGUAUUAUUUUCCAGAUUGUAAAUCAGAAGAAUAAGCCUUCAUUCACUAUCAAGAAAGGCUCCGUUAGCAUAAGAGACCUAUUGGAAUUUUUUCCAUUAUUGGAUGUAUCAAGUGUUCGAGUCCCUUCUGCCAUUAAAGAGAUUUUGAACAUUGCUGUAAAAGAUUUCGGGUUUAACCUUAUUGAAGAGACAACUUUUAUCACAAUUGAGCUUGGUCGAACACUGGAUUUCUUUAAUGGGCUUAUUUCAAUGGAUGCUCCGGUUAUUACUCUAACUGUUGAUGAAGGUGACGUGAACAUUGAAAUAUUCGGUGAAAUCACUCUUGCUGGUACUCGGGUUGAACUAAAGCUCACUUACUCUGCAGACACUGAUCAGUUCAAUGUUUUCAGUGAACUCAGUUCCACCUCUCUCAGUAUUGAAAAUGUUAUUGAGGCACUAACAACCUUAUCCCUGCCACUACCAAAUAAGUUCAACUCUUCUCUGCAGACGUUUAAAAUUGCUGGCACAGUUGAUAGCCUAUCAAAUGGUGUUAUUAUCAUAUCGUCAUCCAUUAAAACGAAAAGUCGUGUUUUUCUGAUAUUAAAGAGAGAUAACGGUACGCUAGAAACAGCACUUGCGGUAGACUUUGCCGAUGUUCUGAUCAGUGAUGUCAUUUUGAGUGUGACUGGACAAGACGUGUCCUUGUUUCCACUCCUUGGAAGUCUCUUUCUUCCUGAGGUAGGCUUUGCCCUCUCCACUGGUUCUAUUGUUUCUGACCUAUUGUCUGAAUGCUUCAAUAGUAGCAAGAUUUUGCAAUGCUAUGAUGGUACCAUUCCAAAUGGUGCUUCAGGAUUUUUUCACCUUUCUGGAAAUCUAAUCAAAAUUGAUUAUCGCAACACGAUGGUUUCAUUUCUAGUCAAGCAAGGUUCUUUCAGAACAGAAGAUUUUUUACGGCUGUUGUCAAUAGAUUCGUCAAGAAUACGACUUCCAUCUGUAAUUGGACGCAUUCUCAACAUCAACAUCAAAGAUUUUGGAUUAGACCUCAUCAGUGAGACAAUCUUCCUCACUAUUCCAUAUGACAGGACAAUAAAUAUUUUGAAUGGGCUUAUUUCAAUUGAUGCUCCAAUUAUUACUCUGGUUGUCAACGAAGGUGAUGUGAAUAUCGAAGUACUCGGUAACAUCGCUCUUGCUGGUACUCAAGUUGAACUGAAACUCAUUUACUCUGCAGACACAGGUCAGUUCAGUGUUUUCAGUGAUUUUAGCUCCUCCUCUCUCAGUUUUGCGAGCGUUGUUGAGGAAUUGACAACCCUAUCCCUGCCAUUGCCUAGCAAGUUCAGUUCUACUCUACAAACAUUCAAAAUUGCUGGCACAGUUGAUCAACGUGUUUCAAAUGGCAUUCUAGUCAUAUCUCUUUCCAUUGGAAACCAAAACCGUGCAUUCCUGAUUUUGAAGAAUGAAAGUAACAAGUUUGAGACAACAAUAGCACUCGAUAUUGUUGGUGUCAUGCUCAGUGAUGUGAUUCAAAGUGUGAGUGGAAGGGAUCUAUCGUCUCUCCCAUUUGUUGGUAGUGUGUCUCUCCCAAAAAUGGGAUUCGCUGUUUCUCCGAGCCUAAUAUCCUCUGAACUUCUAUUAGAAUGCUUUAAUAAUACUUUCCUCCUCCAGUGCUAUGGAGACACUAUCCCAAAAGGUUAUUCUGGCUUUGUUGAUUUCGAUUUUUCUGACGAUGUUUACAAUAUUACCUAUUCGAAUGAAUUGAUGACAUUUACCACUAAAAAUGGAGAUUUGAAUGUAAGAAAUGUUCUUGAUUUAGUACUUGCCCCUCUAGAUAUUCUAAGAGUCAAAAUUCCAAACUUCUUGGGAAACAUUUUCGACACUGGCAUUAAUGAUUUUGGUUUGGAUUUAUCGGAAAACAAUAUAUUUGUUGAUUUUGAGCUUGGCAGUAUAAAUCUUUUUGGUGGGCUUAUACGAAUAUCAGCACCUUCAAUUGCAUUGAAUGUGUCUCUUAAUAACAGUAAUGUUGCAGUUGAAGUUAGGAAAGGAGUUUUUGUUUUUGCUAGUGUGGAGUUUGAUUUUCAAAUAACUCAACAAAAUGGCAAGUAUGCCCUCAAUGCUAACUGUGAAAAUAUAUAAUUAUCG